CUCCGUAUCUCGUUUUUAUCUUUCCCCAUCUAUACAGGCUCCUCGGUUUGUGCAACAUUACGUGGUGAUGCUGAGCGCCGCAUAUGACAUUCUCGAGAAACGAGAGUUACGAAAUGAAACGGCGUCUACUUCAGCCUCGCUGCACGUGGACUUCCAAGUUGGCAACAGUAGCAACAGUAGCAUCUAUGACUGCAACCCUGUCUCUACUGCGGUAAAUAAAGGUUCACUGCACUUUGUGCUCUCGUUUAGAAGCGGAGUGAUCUUUGCCAGUAUCAGCUCAGGACUGGGAGAGUUGUCCUUCCUCUCUCUAACAGUGUUUUUCAGCAGUCACUAUGGUGGGAAGUUCUGCUUGUUGGGAAAUAAUGUUCUCUUCCUCUUGAAUGUAACAGAAGACCAACCCACUGGGCCUCUCAGUUUCAGAGAGAGACUGUUUGUUAUCAGAGGCUUGUGGAGGUUUGUGCUUCCACUGGGAGUGGUCUACUUAACCGAGUAUUUCAUCAACCAGGGUUUGAUGGAACUCCUGUUCUUCCACAAUAUUUUUCUGACCCAUGCAGCUCAGUAUCGCUGGUAUCAGACUCUGUACCAGCUUGGUGUACUGCUCUCUCGAUCCUCUCUGCGCUGGGUGAAGAUCAGGAAAGUGUGGAUUCUCAGUGUUCUGCAGACGCUGAAUGCUGUGUUUCUUCUGUUAGCUGUACGUUACCUGUUCCUGCCCACUGUUUGGUUGGUGUUCGCUUUUAUCCUCUAUGAGGGUCUGCUGGGUGGAGCAGCAUAUGUCAACACCUUCCACUUCAUCAGCGAGGAGACUGAAGACAGACACAGGGAGUUCUCCAUGGCUGCUGCCAGCGUUGGAGACAGCCUGGGCAUAACUGUGGCUGGACUCAUAUCUCUUCCUGUCCACACUUACUUCUGUUCAUUAUAACCAAGCCCACACACUGACCAGCACGAUGAGUGACUUCAAUCUUACUGAAAGACUGUGGACUAUGCUUAAAAUCCAGGUUGGUACCAGGAAACCAAGAGAAGAAUAAUGGUCAAAUAUAACAUCAGAAUUAGGCCUGAUUGAGGUGGAAAUUUUUCCUAAAUAAAUUCAACCAUGUGCAUCCAAUUCUCAUUUUUAAAGUCUUUUUUUGCAGAUGCUGUAAAAUCAUUCCUCUCUGGGAAGAAGAAGAAAAAAGUCCAAAAUUACCAUGACAUUCAUGUCCAUGAUGUAACAAAGCGAGCAAAAAUGCCUUCUAUUAUAGGUUUUAAUACCAGGAGAGCAUUCGGAGCUUUAAAAUGCCACUUGUUUCAGAUUUGUACAAAAACAAUGUCACACACGGAUUUGUUUUUGUGAUGUUUAUCGUGUGCAACUUGGCAUCAUUUUGCUUAGCUGUGGCUUUUCUGAUUCUAAUGAAAGACUGCUUGUUAAACUGUGGCACAGUUAGUCACUGCGGGUGGAGCACAGAACACCUGGGAAUGGCUGAGAUGAGAAACAAAGUUGAUUUUAAUAUUUUUGUUGUAAAAUAAAGAAAAUAGAGGUUGUUCAUGCCGUCAUGCUGACGUGUAUUUUACUAAAAUUCUUGGAAGCACUUUUGUUAUUUUUUUAUAACAUUGUGGGCUGUUGAAUUUGUUUUCUUUUCUUGGAAUGCAGUUUAUGUCCUUAAAUACUUGAUCCAUGUGUCCUGUUUUCUCCUGAACACUCAAACGCAGACCAACAGUCCUACUGACAUUCUGAUGACCACAUAAAGCUAAUGCUAAUGCUAACUGGAAGAACCUUGUUACAACAUAAUAUUGUUUUUUAAUCUUCUGCUUGCUUCAAAUCAAAUUUUACAGGAAAUCAGAAAAGAGGUUCGCUUUGACUUUGUUAGCCUGCCAGUUAGCUACAAACAUGUGGUUGUUCUUUCUUGCGCAGAGACAUGACAUUUCUAAUUGUACUGAUUUGUUUCUUUGAUAUAAAGUGUAUGUGUCAUAAA